AUGAGCGGGCAAAAGUUCCAAUAUGACGAGAGCGGCGGGACGUUUUUCUACUUUUUAUUAUCGUUCUCCGCUUUGCUGCAGAUACCAGUGACGUAUUACUUCUGGCCACGUUGCCCCAAACAAGAUCCAGAUCAAGAAGCGAAAGAGUGCCAGUGCGAUGGAUGUAAAAAGAAGAAAGUUAUCCUACGACAGAACAAACCUUGGAAAGAGACUAGAGCAUUGUUUGACAAAUUUCUUAUCAUUCUGGGAUGGGUAGUUCUCAUUUUCUUGACGUACAAAGUGUCCCAAUUCGACUACGAAAUGGCGAAUUUCGAUCCGUUCGAAAUACUCGGAGUUACCUCGAGCGCGUCUCAAAAUGAUAUUAAAAAAGCAUACCGGAAACUCUCCUUGAUCCUACAUCCGGAUAAAGAGACAGGAAACGAGAAAGCGUUCAUGAAAUUGACUAAAGCUUUCCAAGCUUUGACGGACGACGAAGCACGGAAGAACUGGGAAAAGUAUGGAAAUCCAGAUGGCCCGGGUGCAAUGAGCUUCGGGAUAGCUUUGCCAUCCUGGAUAGUCGAAAAGGAGAACUCGGUCUGGGUGCUGGGAUUUUAUUCGCUGGUGUUCAUGUUCGUUUUGCCGACUGCUGUUGGGAUGUGGUGGUACAAAAGCAUUCGUUACACCGGUGACCAAGUACUAUUGGCAACUACAGAGUUGUAUUACGUUUCUUUUAUCCAAUGUCCUUCGACGUCUUUGAAGAAAGUUGUAAUGAUCCUCGCCGCCUCGUCCGAGUUCAAUAAAAAACGAAACGCGGAGAUAGUCGAAAGGUACACCGACAGUGAAGAAGUUUAUUCGCUUAUUAAACAGUUGCCCGAUCUAGAAGCAAAGAAUAAAACGUUAUGCGACCUAUACCCGAUUAAAGCCAAAGCUUUGAUUCACGCGCACCUGGCGCGAAUACCGCUAAAUCCGGAAACAUUAGAAAAAGAUAAACAGUACAUAGUGAAAAAAUGUCCUUAUUUAAUCCAAGAGAUGGUAACCUGCGUGAACCGAGUGAUUCUGUUGGCUUACGCGAAAAAAGUUCCUCAUCUGCCGACUAUAAAAACAGUGGAGAAUUGCAUGAAACUGUGCGCGAUGAUAGUGCAAGCGCUUUGGGAACACAAGAGCCCGAUGUUACAGUUACCGCAUAUAACCGAGGAUAAUUUAAAAUGUUUCUUACCAAAAAAGCAUCAAAUCAAAAGUCUUCAACAGUUUGCACAAUUGAAAGGAGAAGAGAGAAGACUGAUACUUAAACAUUUGUCAGACAGUCAAUAUGAGGAUGUGAUGAAAGUGCUUGGUAGUAUGCCGUACAUAGAAUUCAAAGUGCGAUCCGAAGUGAUCGAUGACGAGAACCCGACCGUGUACACCGCUGGCGCUGUCGUUACUGUGACGGUGUCGUUGACUCGGAGAGACAUGAGGCAUCUGUUCGGCGAUGACACCGUCGAAGAGCAGACGUUGAUCGACGAUAGUAAACCGGGCAACAACGAAGGUGGCGAGGAAGUGUUGGAAGAACAGAAUAAUCAGACAGCCGCGAAGAAGCCCGCGUGGCUCAGACAGAAGAAGGGUCAGAAGAAGUCACACAAGAAGGGUCCUAGCAAAAAGUUCUCCGCAAAGAACGCUGUUAAUAAUGCUCAACAGAACGCGAACACUCCCAACUCGAGGAAAAAGGACGACAAAGAUAAAGAGUCUUCCAGAGACAACAAGUCGGACGUCAGUGACAGCGACGUGGACAGCGACAGAAGUAACGAUGAAGACAGUCAGGAGAAGAAGGACAUGUCCGUCGACGACGAUGACACCGAAUGGGAAAGAUUUCAGCAAAGGAUUUCAAAGAGGGAGAAAGUGUUGGAGGGUAGGAGCAAUAUAUCGCACGAAGUGCACUGUCCCCUGUUUCCGGACGUUAAACAGGAAUACUGGUGGGUCUACAUCUGCGACCGGAAGAGUCGAACGUUACUAACAACGCCUAUUUACGUUACGUCGUUAGCGCAAUUCGAGGAAGUCCAGUUGAAGUUCACCGCGCCGCGGUGGCCCGGCGUCUACACGUUCACCGUGUGUAUGCGUAGCGAUUCCUACCUGGGCUUCGACCAGGCCCAGGACAUCAAGUUGGACGUGAAAGAAGCGCCGGAAAUACCCACGGAACAUCCUCAGUGGGAUAUUUCAGACGAGGAGACUGCAGAGGACAUCGACGCGGCCGACGAACAUUCCGAGUACACAACCGACGAAGAUAUCAGUGACAAUGAAUAAUAUUUCUAUGUUUAAGGAAGGAAUCGUCGUAUUUUUCCUCUUUUUUUAUUUGUUGAGUGUUAAACUUGGAUACACACAAACAUACAGACAUGCAUACAUACACGACCGAACUUUUAUACAUACUGUGAAACUUGCAUAAUUGAUGGUUGAUGUACGUGGACAAUCUAGAUAAAGAAGAAAAAUGAAAUAAUAGUAGACGGUGUGUUAAGAAUCUUUCAGUGAAGGAGAAAGUAUAAUUGUGAAAAACAAAGCGAAGAAUCAAUAUUUAUUUUAACAUCGUUAUUUAAUCCUCAGUUUAGGAUGUAUAUACAGUUUUUUUGAUAAGAAUACAUUUUAAAAUA